AUGGAUGAAAACAUCUCUCGAUUGAUGGACAUGGGCUUCGAUGCCGAGGUUGCACGUGAUGCUCUUUCUAGAACCAACAAUCAACUCGAAGAUGCUAUUAAUGUUAUCUAUCCUCUGGAUGGUCAAGAGACCUUGCUUACGGCUCCUGAGGGGGCUCCUCCUAACUAUGAGCAGGCCUUAGUUCCGGGAACUACUGGGGCCACGGGAGCCACAGGAGACACGGGAACCGUGGGGACCACUUCCACUGGAGCCACUGGAGCAUCUUUGCCUAUCGGACCAGCUGUGCCUACCGCACCAACCACAAAGGACCAGAAUACCACUGCCAUCGACCUAGACGAUGAUCUCAAGUCAAAAAUUGCCCAGUAUGGGUACCAGGUUGAACACAAAGAGCGUAGCGAUACUGCUGACCAACAUAGUAUGAAAUCAAUCUCUUCUACAGGCAGCUACGUGCCUAUGUCCGAGUCUCCUCCACCUUAUAACAUUUACCAGGACGUAUCCAGGACUCGAAGAACUACAGAGAUUCCUCCGGUAUUACUUCCAAAUAGACAGGAACUUUUGGAAGGUUACAUGGCUCCAAUGUUAAUGAUUCUUUCGCAGAUAACUCGGUUCAGAGACUUGAUUUUGAAGCAUCAGUUCUUUAAUUAUGGCUAUGCUCCUCGCUGGUGGCAGUCGGAACCAUGCUUGGCCAACGCUAUGGUUACUCAGGAGAUUCAAAGACUUGUGGCGUUUCUUACAGGCGACUCUAAGCGUGCAUUCUCGUCUAUUCACAACUUAACAGAGGCCACAAGAAAGAUCAUUACAGAGGAUUACGAAACCGUAUCUGAAUUUAUCCUUUUCGUCAACAAGGCGAUCAUGGAUUUGUUUGGGGGAGCAGAUUCCAGUCUUAGACAACCGCUAGGCGAACUAUUUGAUACCUAUAUCGAUUCUCCUAUGCUUGCAAAUGAACAGCAUUCCUACAAGUCCUUUACUAUUGAACCUUCUUUCUUUAGCAAGGAUAUAUAUCAUAUCAUGCAUGCACUUAUGUGGGAAAAGGAUUUCUCUAAAAUAGAAUUGAACAAAUUCCAGAAGAUUAGUGAUAUUCUGACUUUCGCAUUCGACAGUAACGGAGAGACAGUGAAGGGAGGAGGCUUUAUAUUAUCGAACGAGUUCUAUCCACAGAUUUACACGGACAAAUAUGAUCAUAUAGUGAAGGAAAAGGUGGAUAAAUUACAAGAAUUGAAGGAGGAAUCAGCAAAAGUAACGUCAGAAAUGCUUCGGUUGAGAUCGUAUAAGGGGAAGAGAGUUUCUCCUCUGUUGGAAUCCACCAUUAGUUACUUGAAAGAGAUGAGUGGUGAAGAUACAGAACUUAUUGGAAGUGCGGUUGAGGAGUUAACAUCCAUACAGGCUCAUAUAACCGAGAUUGGUGAGAAGGAUGCUAAUAGGUUGGAGGAGAUUACUCAGGAGAGAAAUAGCGUGGAUAUAUUUGAUGUUAAGGUGGAUAUUGAGUCUGCUGUUGCUGCUGCUGUUGCUGCCACCGAGGCCGGGACUGAGGCCGAAGCCAAGGUGGAGCCGUGGAUAUUGGCCGGAAUUAUCAUCAACGAGCGUCAAUUCUGCUAUUUAUCGAAGGAUACUGAUGAGUGGCAGUGCUUUUAUUAUGAGCUGGACAAAACGAGAAACUACGAAUUUGAGACGAUGACAUUCUCAGAGAUCCAGGAUCAGAUCAAAACGUAUUCUGGAGCCGAUUUUGAGAACGGCAUGACACUUUUCUAUGUUAGAAAGUCUGUUUUCUACGAGACAUCUCAGGUCAAGCUGAAUGCUGGUCUAGAGGAGUUUAUUAGGAAGGAUAAUAAGCAGCUAGAGAAGGACCUUAGUGAGACCGCUGGGACCUCUGAGACCUCUGGGACAUCUGAGACCUCUGAGACCUCUGAGACCUCUGAGACAUCUGAGACUGAAAUAUAG